GAUCAUGCCUUCCUCCUUUAGAUGUUGCAUGUUAUGACAGAUAUGGGAACUUCAUUCCAUUCCCAUCAACUCCAAUAGUCAAUUUGCAAUUCAAGAUGGGCAAAGGCACGUUGAUUGGUGUAAAGAAAACGAAGGCAGGCCUUUCAUCUGACAAAAGGACUCUUAGAAUUAAGGAUAUACUAAUAGAAAGUGGGGAUUUAGACAUCAUCCGGCCAAACUAUGAGGGCGCAAUGCUUUUAUGUCCGCCAGAUGAAUCUUUGUCCAUUUCUAUUCCAUGUAAAGUUAUUCCUGGACAUGUGUGGCGAGUGUUGGCACAUCCAUCCAUGCAAAGUACCCAAAUGCUUCCUGGGUGCAUAGUACAAGAACUCAAAUUGGAGAUGUUUGAUGCUUAUGGAAAUCAUGCUUUGAAGGGCUCUGGAGUUCUUUUGAAGGUUGAGGGAUUUUCCAUUAAAGAUCAGAUUUGGUAAAAAGCACAAGGUGAUGUGCUUUCCCAGAUUCCCUGCGGUGCUAUUGCGUAAAGUCUGUAAUUAAUUAUUUGUUCUCCUAUUUUAUGUUUGGGAGAUGAAGGAAAAUGGGGGAAAUUAAAAUUUGGGCGGAGAGUGGGUAGGUAAGAAUUCGGAAUUUUUGUGGGAGUUUGGAAGGAUCAAAGUUUUGUGUAGUCACGCCUAAAUUUUCUUCCCUCCGCUCUCCCAAACAAAGCUUCAAAGAUGGCCUUUGAUGACACUAAUUCAGCAUGUUAGUCAGGGCACUUAUCUUUCCAUAGUUGCGUAUGAGGUGCAUGAGACCAUUUAACUGAAGCAACAGGAACUUUGUGGUGAUUUUGCUCCCACAUUUACCUACAUUUCUGUUGUUAUUAUUGGGAAUGACCCUGCUGGCAUUUUAGAUAUAGGGCAUAAACUGUUCAAGCGAUGAACUAGCAUGUCGGUGGCCCAAAAAGAUUCGGCGAAUUGUAGAGGUGUAUUGUGUAUUCAUACCAUAUUUGGAACAGCAUAUGCAUUGCUGAUGGGUUAGCCUCUGUCGAAAAUUAUUUAAAAGAAUGGAAUAAAUUUCUUGUUCAGGCGGAUCA